UUGUCGAGCGGUCGUGAGCAGGAAGUCGGAAAAGAAAGCAGAAACUGAGGGGGCAGGGCCAUUUAAAAAUACCUGCUGCCCUACAAUAACGGGACCAAAGACAGCAGCCUCACGGGACAGCGCGCAGUACGCAUCGCAGAGGAUACGCGCACGAUUGAUGUCAAUUCAUGGUGUCAUUAAACAACGUGCAUGUGGGACAUCUCCCUGUCAGCACUUCUUUAUUUAGAAAUAACAUAUAGCGUGAGGACUGAAUGCGUGAGAUCUGGGUGAACGAAGACACAUUAAUUCUGGACAUUAUUUUCGGAUUCAAUUGGAUGAUAGGAAUGCUUUGGAAUUUGGCGUAAAUGAUGUCUUUUGUGGGUCGCUCUCCUCUCUAGUGCACUCAAAGGCAGCAAGGCAGGUGCAUUUUGUGCUCACGCUUGAACCGUUUUUGUACAGUUUUUUGUUUUUGGGACAUUGAUGGUCUGACGUCGAGUCUGGGACAUACCUGUUUUUCAAGUGCGCAUAUGCUCAGGACAAUUCCUGAGGCAUUCAUUUAACAUGGCAUCUACAAUAGAGAGAAAAACCUUGGAUGCUAACGAGGAACCCGUUGAUGAGGUCCUUCAGAUGCCACCCUCACUCCUAACGUGCGGCGGGUGCCAGCAGAGCAUCGGGGACCGGUUCUUCCUCAAGGCUAUCGAACAGUAUUGGCAUGAGGAUUGCCUAAGCUGUGACCUCUGCGGCUGCCGCUUGGGGGAGGUGGGCCGCAGGCUUUACUACAAACUUGGCAGGAAGCUGUGUAGAAGGGACUACCUCAGGCUAUUUGGUCAGGAUGGGCUCUGUGCUUCUUGUGAAAAGAGGAUCCGGGCCUUUGAAAUGACCAUGCGUGUCCGUGACAAAGUAUACCACCUUGAAUGCUUUAAAUGUGCCGCCUGUCAGAAACACUUCUGUGUUGGCGAUCGCUACCUGCUAAUCAAUUCGGACAUUGUGUGCGAACAGGACAUUUUUGAGUGGACCAAACUGAAUGGCAACAUGAUCUAGUUUUCUCCCUGUCACUCUAUGUAGUCAAUUCAAUUUUAACCAAAAAAUGAAACAACACGUAAUUAUCUUUUUAGCUCUAGAAGCCACGAUCAGAAACAUUCUCAAAAUGAUCAUUUCCUUUUGUUAUUUAAUUAUAACUUAAUAAAAAUAAAAUAAAAAAAUUGUAUUCAGAUGUGGAAACUACACACAGCAUACAAUUGUUUUUCUAUUGAUUUAUUUUUUUAUCAAAUAACUACAAAAAUACAGGUUGUAAUGUAUUGCAAUAAACUCUAUUUCCCUUUGAUACUUUCAUAGAAAGUAAAACUAUAAGAAAUGUUAAUUGGUGUAAAGACACUUCUAGAAAAUGUGAUAGAAAACCUAUGCUUCCCUCCUCCAAAAUAGCAAAGAGCCAUUUGUUCUUUUACACACUGUGUAACAACUGUAUGUAUGUGUGUUUGUUAUAUAAAGAAGAAAGAAUUACUGACAGCAAUAAAUUACUUUACUAAACAUU